ACUGAUUACUGGUAACUUCAGUCAUCAACUAUUUGAUAUUAACUAGGUUUGGGUACCUUGCAUUUAGUACAGGUAUCCAGUGGUUGCAGGUAGUUAAUUUUUUUUUUCCAGUGUGGUUGUUUGAGGAAUUAACACAUUAUCACUGAGCAUGACCCCUGAGUGCACCACUGUUCCUGUGAAUUAAUCUAGGAUCCAGACAGUCCUAUUUACUGAUAACAUGAUAUACAACACCACUGAAGUUUGUUAACCACUCUCAAAGGCAUUUUUAACACCACAGCUCACAGGAGUUCUCAAUGUAUUGCUCCUACCAUCAGUAAGUCUAAAUGUGUUAUCUGGAGACUUUGGGAUUUUGGAAUCUGUUAAUUCAGAUUUAGCUAAUUUACAAGUCCUAAUUAAGUCACAAACUGACUAAGUAGACCAGCAGCUCUCCUAUGUGCCUGCGGAUUAAAAACACAGAUUUUCUUUUACAAAAUUCAGUUUCCUGUAGGGAAAGGCUGACUUAUUUUGUACAUAUAUUGUAAGACAAUAACGUGAGCAGAUUUUAAGUGGUGCAUGCUAGCAUUUGAUGGCGGCCAUGAUGUCAGUGACAGUGUUGGUUCAGGUAUUAGUUUGUUUCAGCCAAGUCAGUGUUUAUAAUGUGUUAAUACCUCAUACAAUCCCUGACAUAAGGGUCACCUGUUUAAAAACACUUUAUUUAUUGUUUUGUUUAUAGCUAUUUUAACUUCACCUCACUGCCAUUUACUUUAACACGCUAAAAGGGGGCCCUUGGAAGAAGAAAAAAAAAAGCUUUAUUUUCCGACGGCACUUAAAGGCGUCAUUUGGCACACCGAGGCAGAGGCGAAGUUAAGUAAAGUGAGGAGGGGAAAACGAGUUGAACUACCAACCACGACCUGACAGGAGCGAGGCGUGGCGACGGAGUGGGAAUGUGACCGCGGAGACACUCAACUGUCAGUGUGAGCUCAACUCGGAGAGAAGAAGGAGAAGAAGCAGCAGGAGAAGCUCAAACACUGAUCCCAUCUGCUCAGUAGAAAUGUCCCAGCAGCAGCAGGAGAACGGGGUGCCGCACCGGGGGAAGGUCCUUACCCUGGACACCAUGAACCCCAACGUCAAGCUGGUCGAGUACGCGGUGCGGGGCCCCAUUUUCCUGCGGGCCGUGGAGAUAGAGAAGGAGCUGAGAGAGGGAGUCAAGAAACCAUUCACAGAAGUUCUCAAGGCGAACAUUGGCGAUGCUCAGGCGAUGGGUCAGAAACCUCUCACAUUUUUCAGACAGGUCUUGGCUUUAUGUUCUUACCCUAAGCUCAUGGAGGACAGCGGGUUUCCAGUGGACGUAAAGCAAAGAGCGCAGCGUAUUCUCAGUGCGUGUGGCGGCCACAGUAUAGGAGCGUACAGUUCUAGCCAGGGGAUUGAGUGCAUCCGUCAGGAUGUGGCGCGCUACAUAGAGAGGAGAGAUGGUGGAACCCCGUCCAGCCCUGACAACAUCUUCCUCUCCACUGGGGCCAGUGAUGCCAUCGUGACCAUGCUGAAGCUGCUGAUGUCCGGCGAGGGCCAUGAUCGCACCGGAGUGAUGAUCCCCAUCCCCCAGUAUCCUCUGUACUCGGCUGCCCUGGCUGACCUGGGCGGGGUGCAGAUCAAUUAUUACCUGAAUGAGGACAACUGUUGGGCGUUGGACAUUGCAGAACUCAGGAGAGCCAUCAGUGCAGCCAGGCAGAACUGCAGCCCCCGCGUCCUCUGCAUCAUUAACCCGGGAAACCCUACGGGUCAGGUGCAGACGAGGCAGUGCAUUGAAGACGUGAUACGGUUUGCCAAAGAGGAGCACCUCUUCCUCCUGGCUGAUGAAGUUUACCAGGGUAACGUGUACUCAGAGGGCAGUGAAUUCCACUCCUUCAAGAAGGUUUUGUUUGAGAUGGGACCAGAAUACUCUAGCACGGUGGAGUUGGCCUCCUUCCACUCCACCUCCAAAUGCUACAUGGGAGAGUGUGGAUUCCGUGGAGGUUACAUGGAGGUGAUUAACUUGGACCCCAUGGUGAAGGCUCAACUCCUUAAACUGGUGUCGGUGCGUCUCUGUCCCCCCGUCCCCGGGCAGGCUCUCCUGGACUUGGUGGUCAACCCACCGCAGCCUGAUGAGCCCUCCCAUGCCACAUUCAUGAAGGAAAAGACGGAAGUGUUGGCAGCUUUGGCAGAGAAGGCCAGGUUAACGGAACAGACCUUCAACACAGUACCUGGCAUCACGUGUAAUCCAGUCCAGGGGGCCAUGUACACUUUCCCCCGCAUCACUAUACCACAGAAGGCCAUCGACAAGGCCAAGGAGUUGGGUCAAAUCCCAGACAUGUACUACUGUAUGAGGCUCCUGAAUGAGGAGGGCAUCUGUCUGGUACCAGGUAGUGGCUUCGGGCAGAGAGAGGGAACAUUCCACUUCAGGAUGACCAUCUUGCCACCCACCGAGAAGCUGAAGAUUGUGCUGCAGAGGAUCCGCGAGUUCCAUCUGCGCUUCACACAGGAGUUUUCGUAGCGAUGCGAAAAACUAACUUUCAGUGCCUUCACCUUUAAGUGCAUUUGAGCCCGUAUCCCGUCAGUGAAAAAACUUGGAUGUCUUGUUUAGACAGCAAGUCAAAAAAUGUGCAAUCAAAGCUUUCCUGCCCUUUAUAUGAAGCAUGCAAUGAUGUCCUGAUUAUCUGUACUUGAGGGAGUACUACUUGAGGUAGUAUCACAUGGCCAAAUUUGUCAGGUUUAGUUUUUAGAUCCAUUUCAGGUGCCUUUCUCCCCUGCAAUGUUGUUUCUCUUGUGUCACAGUCAUGUUAGGUGAUUCUUUGAUUUAUGACUGACUAGAGAGUUUUUAAAAGUAAUGAGAAAGACCAAGUACUGACAAGGAAAUCCUCAACUAAAUGAAGACAUAUGUAAUACUAAUGUUCAAAAUGAAAUUAAACUUUUAGAAUUUCUAAAAACA